ACUGUUCAGUACGGAUUCGUGCUGGACUUAAAUGCCUCACCUUCCUAGCCUUCGAGAUGAUGACAAACCCCAGGCCAAUCCCAAAAUCUUCCUUCAGAUUUUGGCAACUGCAGGCGUGACUGCUGGCUGCCGAAGCAUCAGCAUAACAUAAGCAUCAUCAGCCAUUAAAGCGGCAGCGGUGGGCGGGCGUAGACCUCCUUCGACAGUGACAUUUCACUUAUAAUAACAUUUGAUGUGUCCAUUUAUCCAACCACGUGUCACUCUACAUGUUACUCUCUCUGACGACUCAUCUCUUUCUUUAAUUUUCUCAUCAACUUUCCGUCGUUCCCACUUACAAUUCCACCAUUACACAUCACUUCAAAGUCUCGCUCUUAACAUGCUCAUUUGUCUUCCUUUAGCUUGUUAAUUAGCCAUGGAAAAUCUUGGUUCACAGAAGAAUAAUAAUUCUACAAGAAAGCCGAUGAGAAGAAGGGCUCAUAGUAGAAGGGUUCCUCAGGAUUGUACAAUCAACAUGGCUGAAGCUAGAAGAGAGAUUGUUCAAGCCUUGCAGCUCCAUAGAUCUUCAAUGAAACAAACCACAAAAUCAACCGGAAUACUUGCAGUUACAGCAACACCAUUUGUGGCGAGUUCUUCACUAUGUUGUUAUAAUUCAUUAACAGAGUCAAUGCCUCUACCUGAACCCAUAUGGUCAACUACUGCACCUGCAAUUUCUGCAGCGCCGCCGUCUGUGGUGGAGAGCCUGGAAUUCGAGUGGGGAGAAAACCAGGCUGCUUCUUACUCUUGGUGGGCGGUGUUUGAUGAUCACCACGAUGGUUCAAAACUUGGAGAUGUAGAUAGAGAUGAAAGUGGUCAAAAUUCAUCUCCUGAUGAAUGGUUGAUGUUUCCAAGUUCUGAUGAUCAAGGUGAAACCACAAAUCCCUCGUGAAAUAAAAUAAAUUUUUGUUUAAAAUUAUUUAGCUUUUGAUUAAUUAAUCUAUACUUGUGAGUAUUCA